AGUUUGUUAAAAAAUGUUCUUUCUAAGAAGAUGCAGUUUGAGCAGGAGCGCAGGAUGGAGAGGGGGGAGAUCAGUGAGCCGCACCAGGCGCCGUCUCCGGGCUUUGCGCUGCAGGAGAGCUACAAUAAGUGGAAGGGGAGCAGGGAGCUGAAGAGGCAGAGCUCUAAGUUCUCUGAGAGCGGCUCAGACUAUGCCAUAAUGUGCGUGGAUGAAUUAGGGGACUUUGUGGACAGCGGCUUAUGUGAUAGUAAGAGGCAAGACGCGUGUGCUCCUACAACAGAAACUAAUUUAAACUCGACCAAUGAAGCUGGGAUUGUUACUAAAAAAGGCGCCUUGCGUCGCAGCCAAAAUAGCGCGUUCAGAUGCUGGAAGGACGAGGAGCUAGAGUUUCAAAAGGAUCAUAAAAACCAUCAAACUCUGCUGGACAAGCUGCCUCCACUUGAUGACAAAGAGAGUGAGUGGGAUCCGUUCUCUGCAGGCUGCGAUAAACUGACUAAAAUGUCUCAUUUGUUUGUGCCAAAUAUCCAACUGCUGCCCAGUGACAGAGAGGUGCGACCGCAGCUGCAGAGAGGAGCUUAUUCCUGGAAUGGAAGCAACACUUUAUACAUCACAGACUCCAAGAGCUCAAAAUCAUCCAAAUCACCGGAAAUUAAAAUCAACCUGAGAAGAAGAGACAAUAAAACGGAAGAGUUUGGAGGCUCCAAGCUGCGCGCCUUGAAUAUUACCGCUAGCCCAUCGAGUCUGAUCAGAACAGAGGACUUCAAAUGCCAAGCCCUGGCUGCGGCUCUGAAGGGUGAGUCCUCAGAUAAAGUUCCGCACUUUAUGGUUCGAGACAUCAGAGAUAAUAAAGGGAAGUUACAAACUCCCAUUCACCAAGUCAGAGAUGUACGUAAGCUUGUUAAAAGUUCCUACCACUUUGUUUCCUUGGAUAAGAACGAAAAUAAAUCAAACUCAUUUAGCUCUGAAAUUCCUUCAGAGCAAAAAAAGCAGAUGCAAAACAAUAAUGCUAACUGUGUGUCCCCCAUGGUAAUAAAAUGUCAGUCUGUAAAUACUAAAAAUGCAGAAAAACCUACCGGAAACCUUAAACAGGAGCAGUCUGACACACGCAGAUCGUCUCCAGAGGGCGUUAAGAGUGCUCCACUCCAGAAGGCAUCAGGGAGAGCAGCAAAUAUCUCAAACAGCUCAGAGGGAAGCACUGGGAUGAGCAAUGAGGGCAAAACAGGUGCAACAAGGCAAGAAACAGCGUCAGAGAUGGCAGAAAAUAAAUUGGAGUCAAAAGUGGCAAAUCAGGUGGCUUUGGAGAAACUCCAGGCCGCAGUAAAAACCAUGGAGCAACUUUAUGUGUUUGAUAAAAAUGAGUGGAGGAGAAAGCGUGAGCCUGAGCAUCUGACGGACAGCCAUGUGCUGUCACUGAUAGCCAAUGAAGAGCAGCAAGAGUCUGAGGAAAGAGGAGGGAGAGGGUUCAAUACAGACAAAGCAGUCAGAAGAGAUUCCUACCCAAAUAUAGACAAGACCCCCCUGGCAUUAUCGGUGCCCUCCAACACUGACAGCUCCCUAAGGUGGCUAGAUAAAGACCUACUUAAAGUGAUUCAGUCAUCCAACAGGCAUGAUGAAAGGUUGGUCACUAAGACAGUCCAAACAGUUGGCACCUUAGGGAGCAAGAACAUGUCCAGCUUUAGUUCCAAACCCAAGGCCUACACAGCUGCUGAUGUUCCUCAAUCAAACACCGCCCCACACACACCUUUCAGUGGCAAAAGAUUUGCACCGAAGUCUCCUAAAUUGCCUGUGUCAUUCAAAACCAGUCAGACAGGAGUUAGCGGGAAGGAAGAUGCUGAACAGAGGGGAGUGGACCGAUUUGAGCAUCAGUUUUCAGGUGCAUCGGUUGACAAUGAGAACUACCUAACCAUCCCGGUCAAAUUUCAGCCCAACAACAGUAAAAUGGCAGCAUCUGCAGAUAAAACAGCAAUAAAAACUCUUCACCAUCAGUCACUGCCAACCCCUCCUGCAGUACAUGAAGAUUAUGCCUCUAGAGUCCAGGAUGGCCACGGUCAGAGGACAAAAUGCUCCAGUAUUGUAAUGGAGACCCAUUCACCAGAGAUCCCCUCUGCUACUAUUUAUCACUCCCUGCCAAUGGCUGUGUCUGCCAAUCAGCCACAAAUGUAUUGUUUUUCCCCAGCAAUCACUCCAGCCCCCACCCUGGACCCCUUUCAGGGGACACAGAGGAAAAUGCUGCUGGAUCCCACCACUGGGAACUACUACCUGGUGGACACGCUGGUGUCCCCAGCCACAAAGCGUCUUUUUGACCCAGAAACGGGCCAGUACAUGGAUGUACCCAUGCCACAGCCUCCAAUGACACCAGUACCAAUGCCUAUCUCGCCGCUAGCGCUCAGUCCUGGAGCAUAUGGUCAUACCUACAUGAUCUAUCCAGGCUUUAUGCCAACCCCUUCAGUGAUACCUGCUCGAACGCUGGUACAGUCACAGAUGUCCGUGCCAUCAGAGGUAGAGGGCAUGGAGAAGUCUUCCUCACAGCAGACUGAAGGAAUGUACAUGGAGAGUCCUUUCUAUAUGGCAACUGGGAAGCCUCCCCAGACAGCUUCAGGGGCCCAACAGCAUGGUGCCCCCAAUAGGCCACAGCAUGGAUGUUCCAGCAUGAACCAGCCAGUCAUCAGCAUCACCUCCCAGCAAGGGCCAAGGAUCAUUGCCCCACCCUCGUUUGAUGGGACCACCAUGAGUUUUGUGGUAGAGCACAGAUGAGUCGCUAAGCUGGACAGGACUGGAGCUUUCGUGAUCAUUGACCACCUCUCGGUUUAUCCUCUUCAUUGUUUUACACUGAUGUUAAGUCUGCUGAGCAAUUUAGUUGUUCAGGUAUUCUAUCUAACUGCUGCUGAUUUUUUUAAAAACUUUCUACAAGAUUGUAAUUCAUGCUUUUUUUACACCACUGCUAAACCAAGAAUCAAUGCCUUUGAAGGGAUUAUUUACCCACUCCUGAAGCUAAAUAGUUUGAUUUGGAAAAUUUUCAUUUUCCAAAUCAAAAUAAAGAUUGAUUUAUCUAGUUUCUUCUCAUUUUAAAAUGAAAAGAAACUACUUGUUUUGAAGACAUUUACACAUCUUUAUACAAUUAUGAAUCCAAGAACCUGUUCCCUGUUAGAUUUUGCUGAAUUUAUCAAAGGGUUUUUACAACCUUAAUUGUCAUGAUGACUUCUUCUGUGUUGGUGCUUUAUGAUGCACACAAAUCAGUGUUGAUUCAAAGCACUUUAUGUGCAUAAUUUACAUUAUUGCACAUUUUUUAAAAGUUAAGGUUGGAAAAAAAUGUAAUGUGACAUGUUGUCUUUUGUUUGUACUGGUUUCUUUGAGAAUGUGGAGCUGCUGGACAGUCCUUGUUAAUACAUGUCAGGCAUCAUUGUUAUUCCAGAUUAUUCUUUUAGAAUGAAUGGUAUGAGUAACUGACAGUGAUGAAUGCAUUUGUUAUGAGAGAGCAUAACAAUGAAUUAUAUUUCACUCCCAUUUUUAGAGAUGUCAUCUUGCCAUUUGUUUUUUUGUGUCUUUUAGGGGAAGUGUCCUCUACUUAUACUUUGUACAUAGUUUUUUUUUCCCAAAGUAAGCCUGAUAGUGGCACAGUUUUUAAAGUCUUACACUAAGAUUCUGCCAUAAACUUUCUGAAGAUAGUAGGACUUUCAGGGGUAAGUGGAAGUAGGGUUUGCAAGACAAGAAAAUGAAUGGUUGAGACUUUGUGAGGGAUGUAUGGGUGAAGAGUGGAGGGACUUUGUAGAAGUAUGGCAAAAAGCUGGACUUGAUACGUUAUGUUUUCACUUUGUUCAACUGAUUUUUUGUUUUGUUUUGUUUUUCUGCAUAAAAAAUGACUUCACAAAGUUAGGUCUUGACUUUGCAAAUGUGAAGAUGGUAUAUGUUGAAAUACAUAAUUAAAACAGUACUUUGGAACUGUAAAUGUUUAUUACAUAUUCACAAUGUUAAAUUGAGGUUGUUUCUACUCUUAUAUUGUACUUUAUUACAACACAAAAACAAACAUUUCUCAAGUUAUGUUUCUGCAGUCACUUGUUGACUGACACAUGAAAUCAGUGGUGGUUCUUUCAGGAAUGGUUCCCUGGCCAGAGCCCCUUCUAAUGAUAUCCUCAACCAAUUCAAACUAAAGCAAAUACGGUAGAUGAUUUUCCAGCAGAAAGCUUGUAACCUAUAGGUUCCCAGUACUCAGUCAGAAGCAAGGAAAAUUACAUGCAUGCAAGUAGUAGCAAACUUGUUCAGGGCACAACUGCCAGAUAAGAUGUUUCUUAUUUUGUACUUCUUAGAUGCCUGGCCCCCCUUUCUAAUGCCUCCCUACAAUGCCUCUUUUACACUUUGGGCCCGUUAGUUUCAAGUGAGCAUCAUUUGUUAAUUUCAAGUGAGCAGGAUCCUGCUGCUCACCAUAUAUUGUUACUAUGACCACCAUGUAGCCAUUUUCUGAUGACAACAUCCAGCUGGAUGAUACAGCAUUUCAUCAAAGCUCAAAGGAGUUCAAACUGGAUUCUAGAACAUAAUCGUGUUUCCAUCAAGGAUUUUUUUAAUAUGCAUUUUAAAGUAUCGCAUUAGAAAAGGUUGAUGGAAAAGGAAAAUUUUCAAAAACGUCCUCAAUUUCACGAAAGGUUUCCACGAUCGUUUGAAGUGGUUUUUGGCUUUUACGAAAAAUAGCUAAUAUCGUAAAGGGGAGAUGGAAACAGAUUUGUUGAACAUCUAGGAAACUUUCCUGUACAUUGAUGAAUCUGUGCCUUAAUUGAGGCACAAAACUUGGAAAAACUUCUACAUCUUGUUAUAGAGCCAUGUGUAAUGUCACAUUCUGACUAAAUCACGCUCUGAGUAGCCUAGUGUCUUAUUUUGUACUUCUUAGAUGCCUGGCCCCCCUUUCUAAAGGGUUUGCUCCAAACCAGUAAAUGAAAACAUCCCUAAUUCAUAUUUUCUUUUUUUUGUUGCUACAUUAUAAAAGUUUCCUCAAAAAUUGCAUGGCAAUAGAGGAACCAGGGUUUAUAAGUUCAGUGGACUCCACAGUCACCAGAUCUCAAUGCAAAACAGAAUAUAGUGGAACAGGAGGAUCUCAUUAUGGAUUUUCAACUAAAAAAUCUGCAGUAACUGUAUGAUGCUGUUAUGUCAAUAAAGACCAAAUCUGCUUUGACACUGCAAUGCAGCCAG